GGCACAGUCGCGGGAACAGCGCGGAGCAGGUAACGGCCCCGCUGCCGCACUCGUUCCCCGCAGCCGGUUACCCUGUUACAGCCCCAGCGCUGGGCCCUUCCGGACCCGCCUGCUACGCUCUUUCUGGGCUUCCAGUAUCGCCGGUCACUCAGUCCUCGCCCCUGCCUGCCUCGCUAGCGCCCCGCAGUUUCCUCCUCGCGGCGCGGUCUGCCAAGGAACAGCUACCCCGGCUCGGCAGUGACCGGGCGCCCCGGCGACACACGUACUCUCAGGCCCGCUGGGCAGGGGGACGGCCUGGGCCGAGAGAAGCACCAAAAGAGGCAAACUGAGAUGCAGACAAAUGAUCAUCUGUAUGCUGAUCAUUUUGAAUAGUUUUUUAAAAUAUAUUCUUUCUUUAAAAAGAGACCAAAACCUGUCAAAAAAAUACUACCGUGGAAAGCUCAUAAAUACCGCAGUGGGAAGAACCCUGUGCUUAUCUUCAGUUUAUCGUCAGACAUCUUAGGGAAGUUUGAUAAAGGACACCAGAGACAGGGUUUUGCCAUGUUGCCCAGGCUGGUCCUGAACUUCUGAGCUCAAGCUGUCCACCUACCUCAGCCUCCCAAAGUGCUGGUAUUUCAGAUGUGAGCCACAAUGCCCGGCCUGGAUUCUUCUUAAUCUAGAUGCAGAGGUUCACAAAUAAGGAUCUGCUUCUGUCCACCACUACACAGCAGAAUGUGUCUGGAAAGAGAAAUUCUUUGCCUUAGGAUUGUGUAAUGCUCCCACCAGUGUGUUGUUGCAGUCAUGGUGCUUAAUGAAAAAAGCACUGCCCCUGGAGCUGGGACAGUCUCUGAACUUUGAACCUGUCUGAACCUAUUCCCUCUAGGUGGCUGAGAUGAGGUGAUGUGAAAGCAGCUUGUACAAAGAGAAUUGAGAAUUAAAUGAAAAGGUAAUCCUUUUAAAGACCUCAGAAGAUGGAUCUGUUUGUUUCAAUCUGCUUUUGAGGUUGUUUGCUAUGUCUUUGGCUGAUCUAACAAAAACAAAUAUAGAUGAGCAUUUCUCCAGCGUGGCAUUAGAAAACAAUAGGAGGUCUGCAGAAUGCAAGAGAAGCCCAGGCACAGGCGAUUUUUCACGGAACAGUAAUGCUUCCAAUAAGAGUGUCGAUUAUAGCAGAUCUCAGUGCUCCUGUGGAAGUUUAAGUUCUCAGUAUGAUUAUUCAGAAGACUUUGUCUGUGAUUGUUCAGAAAAGGCUAUUAAUAGAAAUUAUUUAAAGCAGCCUGUGGUAAAAGAAAAGGAGAAGAAAAAGUAUAAUGUUUCUAAAAUCUCCCAAUCUAAAGUUAACAGGUGGCCUUGUUACAGAGUACCACAAUACUUGGAUUUCACUGGCUUCUUGCCUUUCAUCUCAGCUGAAGAAUCAGUGUUUGACUCGCCAGUGAAAUGUAAAUAUCUGUCUCAGCACCCCAAGAGGAUGGUCUCCAAGUCUGGCCAGAAGGAAAUCUCAGUUGAAAAAAAGCACACCUGGAAUGCAUCACUCUUUAAUUCUCAAAUCCAUAUGAUUGCCCAAAGAAGAGAUGCUAUGGCUCAUCGAGUACUCUCAGCAAGGCUUCAUAAAAUUAAAGGACUAAAAAAUGAAUUAGCUGAUAUGCAUCAUAAAUUGGAAGCCAUCCUUACAGAAAACCAAUUUUUGAAACAACUUCAGCUUAGGCAUUUGAAAGCUAUAGGAAAAUAUGAAAAUUCACAAAAUAAUCUACCUCAAAUUAUGGCUAAACAUCAGAAUGAAGUAAAAAAUUUAAGGCAACUACUUAGGAAAUCCCAGGAAAAGGAAAGAACUGUAUCUAGGAAACUUAGAGAAACUGACAGCCAGUUACUGAAGACUAAAGAUACCUUGCAGGCACUGCAGAAACUUUCUGAAGACAAAAACCUUGCAGAAAGGGAAGAACUCACUCAUAAAUUAUCUAUUAUCACAACAAAAAUGGACGCAAAUGACAAAAAAAUACAGAGCUUGGAAAAACAACUGAGGUUGAACAGCAGAGCCUUUAGCCGGCAGCUGGCUAUUGAGUCUCGGAAGACUUUAGCAGCUCAAACAGCUACCAAGACUCUGCAGGUGGAAGUAAAACACCUUCAACAAAAACUUAAGGAAAAGGAUCGUGAGCUUGAAAUUAAAAACAUCUAUAGUCAUCGAAUACUUAAAAAUUUACACGACACAGAGGACUAUCCAAAAGUUUCUUCAACAAAAUCAGUCCAAGCAGACAGAAGAAGUUUGCCAUUCACAAGUAUGAGACACCAGGGAACCCAAAAAUCAGAUAUUCCACCUUUGUCAACUAAGGGUAAAAAGGCAACAGGAAACAUUGAUCAUAAAGAAAAAUCAACUGAAAUAAAUCAUGAAAUUCCUCACUGUGUCAAUAAACUACCAAAGCAAGAGGAUUCUAAGAGAAAAUAUGAAGAUUUAUCAGGGGAAGAGAAACAUUUGGAAGUCCAAAUACUGCUGGAGAAUACUGGAAGACAAAAAGACAAAAAAGAGGACCAAGAAAAGCAAACCAUUUUUGUGAAAGAAGAGCAAGAACUACCACCAAAAAUAAUUGAAGUUAUUCAUCCUGAAAGAGAAAGCAAUCAAGAAGAUGUUCUAGUAAGAGAAAAGUUUAAAAGAAGCAUGCAGAGAAAUGGCAUGGAUGACACACUUGGCAAAGGCACUGCUCCCUACACAAAAGGCCCCCUCAGACAAAGAAGGCAUUACUCAUUCACAGAAGCAACUGAAAACCUGCAUCAUGGGCUUCCUGCUUCAGGGGGACCACCCAAUGCCGGCAACAUGAGGUACAGUCAUAGUACAGGCAAGCAUCUCAGUAACAGAGAGGAAAUGGAGCUAGAGCAUUCUGACAGUGGGUAUGAGCCCUCAUUUGGUAAGUCUUCCAGAAUAAAAGUGAAGGAUACAACUUUCAGAGAUAAGAAAAGCAGUCUCAUGGAAGAACUCUUUGGAUCAGGCUACGUCAUGAAAACUAACCAAUCAAGUCCUGGUGUUGCAAAAGGCUCAGAGGAGCCUUUGCAAAGUAAGGAGUCGCAUCCCCUGCCUCCCAGUCAGGCCUCUGCCAGCAAUGCUUUCGGAGACUCUAAAGUAACUGUGGUAAAUUCUGUUAAGCCAUCGUCACCUACAGAAGGAAAAAGAAAAAUAAUUAUUUAAAUAUAAUCAAUAUCCUAAUGCAUUCUGGUUUGACAUAAUGCUGCUUAUGUGCCUUGCAUCUUAUUUUUGAAAUGUGUGAGAGAGGGAGUGUAUGUAUGUGUGUGUUUUAGGACUUAAUUGACUUUUGAUAAUUAAAUUUUUGUUUUAUUGCUAAUCUAGUAAAAAAUCUAUUUUAUAUUAGCCAAUGAUAACACUUCAAAUACAAAUUUACAUCUUUACAACUG